AUGUCGUGCACAACUGACGAAACUACUAGAAAACGUCAAAGAACAGAAGAGGAAACAAUUUUGCAUCAAAGUAAUAAUGACACUAAUAAUCAUACUCAAAAUUAUCCAACUCAUCGUCGUCAGUCUGUAAGUGGCGAAUCCAUCCGACCUUCCGAAGAUCCUAACGAUCGUGUAGUCUAUCCCAAGUCUGAUGAGCUCAAAAAACGUCUAGACUGUGCCACUCUUCAAAACUGGCUCUUUAAAGAUAUCGAUAGAGAAACAAAGUUCGAUGUGAUAGAUGCAAUGUAUGAAAGAAUUGUAAAAAAGAACGAACAAAUUUUUGCUCAAGGAGAUAAAGAUGAUAUUUUUUAUGUAAUUGAUCAUGGUAUGUUUCAUGUAAUACACAACAAUCGUUUGUAUUUGGAGCUUGCAGAUGGAAGCAGCUUUGGUGAACACGCUUUAAUGUAUAAUGUUGCUCGUACUGCAACGGUUGUGGCUAAAACAGAUGGGAAUCUUUGGGCAAUUAGCAGAGAAACUUUUCAACGGACAGUUUCAAACCAUUCUCAUCGUAAACAAAGCAUUUAUAAAAAUUUAUUAAGAUCCAUACCAUUUUUGUCUUCGUUAAAUCAUGAAGAAAUCUCAAAACUCGCUGAGGCUUUAGAACCUAUGUCCUUUGAAAACGGUGAUACGAUCAUUUCUCAGGGUGAUCUUGGUGAUUACUUUUAUAUUAUCAAAGAAGGUCAUGUUAGUGUUAGUAAAAGCGAACAUGGUAUCGAAAAACAAUUAGCUCCUCUUUCAAAUGGAAAUUAUUUUGGUGAAUUUACACUUUUCAAUAAUUCACCACGUAACAAAACAACUGUGGUGGCUCAAGGUUUAGUGCGUGCAUUAGCACUUAAACGUGAUAAUUUUACACGUCUUCUAGGACCUAUGAUGGAUAUUGUUCGUCGUAAUGCAGCACAAUAUCAUUCAAACACCACUACUACUGAUAUCACUAAUAACUCAAUCCAAAAUUCACUUAUGCCUUUACCUGAUCGACAACUUAUCGUAACAACUACAUCUUCAACAUCCUCAUCUUCACCUUCACCCACUGCUACUACUCCCCAAAAUAAUAUUCAAUUGCACUCUGUUAAUCAAAUACUUAACAACGAUAACGAUGAAUACAAUAUUAUUGAUGAAAAUUUUACAGACGUUCGUCGAUCUUCAACAACUUCUUCUGCAUCAACGUCCACCACCACUUCAACCGUUAACAACAACGAUGCCAUUUCCUCCUCUCCCUCUUCAUCAUCUUCUUCUACACGUACAAGAAGAAGUGGUUAUAGCGGAGCUGGCGGUGUGGAUGUUUUGUAA